CCGCUCCGGACCUCAUGGUCAAAUCGUGUCACUAGAUUGCCAAGCUAUUAGGCCGAUCUGUGAAAUUCGAAUUAUUAACUAAUUGAAAAUAGUUAGUGUUUCGUAAUUAGUAAUAAUUAGUUUGGGGUGUCCAUUGGAGACGAUUAACGCUCGUCCCCGAUUUUGUUUGGCCUUGUUGUUUCGACAUCCACCUGUAAACGGUUCGAUAUGGAGGUAUUGUCAUCAAUGUGGCACUCGUUGGAACAGGAUCCACGACUGAAGGGCCGGCCACUCAUCGAUUCACCUGUGCCAGUGUUCUCAAUUAUUGGAACGUACCUCAUCUUUGUUCUUCGAGUGGGUCCCCAGAUGAUGCGUGACCGAAAGCCUGUCAAUGUAAAGAGUUUUGCCCGCGUGUUCAAUCUCUACCAGGUGCUUAUCAGUGCGUGGACCGUGUACACAGUAUGCGUGUGCUGCUACAAACUUGGAAUUGGCUAUGGAGAGCCGCCGAACACUCAACGGGAUCCGACGACUAUGCGACUCAUUAACUGCCUAUACAUCUAUUUAUUUGUCAGAAUCAGCGACCUGAUCGACACCGUUCUUUUCGUGCUAUCCGGUGUUCGGUAGGUGGGCGGAAAGAAACAUGGAAAAACAACUCAGGUUGAUCUUGAGAAGAUUUAGUGAAGGGCUGAAGUGUAUCAGAUAUGUGAUGAUUAGUUGGGGAGUGACUACGAGAAACGGCACUAAGAAAAUGAGGACUAGCAGCUAUCGGCAUAUAUGAUAUAUAUAUUGAGAGAAGAAGGAUUUCAUCCACAUCGAGAUGUAACGGUAAUACCAUUCUGCGGCGGUGAAAUACGGGAUUAAGUCGAAUUCGGAUAUGCAGUUGUAUAGCGUAUCAGCGAUUCUGCACGAAACAGAACAACGACGAAUGGCGUAGAACGUGGCCGAUUUUGCUAUAGGUUGUUGUGGCAUACAUGGAGAUAGUAACGUGGGCCGAAACCUGCAACAUGACACACAAACUUACCUAGACCUGCUAUUCAAGUUGCGAAAAGUCAGUCGUGUCAACGCCGGUACAAUAGUAGAGCAGGAACGCGAUGGCGGCAGGUAUUUGCGAGUGGUCGCUGGACAACUCCAAAAGGAAAAAAUUAAGGAUUAUUUUAAAACCGAAAUGCAAUCGAAUUGCAAAGGAUGCUGCCGCGACCUUCCAUGUGAUCUACUACAGACAUAUUGUGAAUGGGAAAAGGACAGGUUUGUAGCGUGGUUCGGACAGGGCCGCUGCUGUAUGAUGUCAUCUGUGGUACAUCUGUAGUACCACACGUAAAAGCAGAAAUAUUUUUAAGAGCAAAAACAAUAGUGGAGACACAGUACACGGCCAGCAUAGAUGAUCCGCAGAAAAAUGUUUAUAAAGUCUAUGGUUUAUUUAACAUAUAACUCAGUUGUGAUCGCUAUUGUUAUGUCACAUACAUAUUUCAGCCUAUGUUGAACUCAUAUAUCGUAGAUCUGAACUCUAUAUCCUACAAAUAGAAUUUACAAAAUAACAGUGGUAUCCCGGUAAAAAUAUCUAGUCAGUAAUUAUUGCUGUUAAUCUUUCAGAGAAAUAGUUUUCAGAAAGGAAACAGGAAUUAGGUUGUUACGAUAUUUAGCAACAACAAUAGGGCGUCUUUUCUAAUUGAUCACUGGGCUGAAAAGGCUAAAGGGUCUCC